AUGCCACGUAAGCUACGUAAGAAUAUACGUAAGAGGAAGAGAGCAUUGAAACAUCCAAUAGUAAAACUGACACCACAACAACAGUUGCAACAACAAAUGAUGAAUGACCCCACUAUGUUGCAACAAAUGUCAAGCAACCCUAUGCUUUUAAACCGAGUUAUUGGUGCACAGAGUGGAGGUUUAAGAGCGGCACUUUUAGCGAAAAUGGCAGGCUAUGGUGGAGCUGCAGACGGAACAGCUUAUAACCCUCAAAGUCAAAUGAAUUUGAGUUCACUCAAAAAUCAAAUAACAGAUGUCAAAAAGUCAAACAUAGACAUACAGAAACAAAUAAGUGAAAACGAAAAGAAACUAGAAUAUGACAGACACACAAAGAAACUCAAUGAGUUAAACGUAGAGAAAAAGAAGAAAGAAGAACAACUGAAAGAACUAAGUACAGAGGAAUAUGCGAAAAAAGUGUCAGAAAAAGCAGCAGAAGUAGCAAAAAUGGAACAAGAUGUCAUAAAUUUGAAAAACCAUACUACUCAAUAUAAAAUACUGAAAGAUGAAGAGAUAAAACAAAAAGCCCUGAAGACAUAUAUGGAUAGCGAUGAGUAUAAAAAAG